GCAUGUCUUAGUUUGUCCCUCGUUACUUACGGUAGCAGGAAGCAGCGCUCGCUGCUGUCAUUCAGAAAGGCUUCUACUAUCUUUACAGUCGAGACUGGGUUACAGAGGCUGUCUGGGUGAUAGAAACAAGUGACUUUCAGAAAAUGAGUACUCUCCAAGAUGCAGGUCAAAGUGGAGAGAAAGAGGAGGUGACAGAACUGGUUUGUCAGGAAGCGGAUCUCCAUGAUGGACAAAUGAAAGAGGUGACUGUGCAGGAUCAAAAGGUGCUUGUGGUGCGAACACAGGGUCAGUACCUUGCGGUUGGGGGCAGGUGCUCUCAUUACAACGCUCCUCUGAUCAAAGGAGCGCUUGUUGGUGAGAGAGUGAGAUGUCCCUUUCAUGGAGCCUGUUUUAAUGUGAGAACUGGAGAUAUUGAGGACUAUCCAGGUCUGGACUCUCUACCAACCUAUAAGGUAAAGGUCGAGGAUGGCAACGUCUAUGUUUCUAUCAACAAAAAGUCUCUGAAGUUGACGAGGCGAGUGAAGGAGAUGUGCACGCUUGAACCAGGCGCCAAACAUACUGUACUACUUGUUGGAGGCGGCCCUGCUGCUCAGGUUUGCGCUGAGACACUUCGGCAAAACUGCUACCAAGGUCGCAUCAUCAUGAUAACCAAAGAGAGCCUGCCUCCAUAUGACAAAACCAAACUGAGCAAGGUGAUGAAUGUGGAAAGCAGCAGCAUCCAGCUGCGACCAGCUGAGUUCUAUCAGCAAUAUGGAAUUGAAGUGUGGACAAAUAAAGAGGUGGUGUCGGUGAACCCUGCAGACAAGGUGGUGAAGAUGAGUGAUGGCGCUGUGCAGCAUUACGACCAGCUGCUCAUCUCAACAGGCUGCAGAGCGCGGCCGCUCAGUUGUCCAGGCUCGGACUUGAAGGGCGUCCAUUUGCUGCAGAGUUAUGACGACGCCAAAGAGAUUCACAGCUCUGGCGCCACGCAGAAAGCUGUUGUGAUUGGAGCAUCGUUUAUAGGUGUGGAAGUAGCUGCAUACCUGUCAGACAAAGCUGCAAGCGUAGCUUUAGUCGGUCCAACUGAAUACCCAUUUGAGAAGUCUCUGGGGCCUGAGAUUGGGAAGAUGUGCAUGGAAAUGUUAGAAGAGAGAAAUGUGAAGUUCUACAUGAACAGCAAAGUGACAGAGAUCAGAGGGGAGAACGGAAAGGUAAAAGAGGUGGUGUUAAAUAAUGGUACCGUCCUGGAAGCUGAUGUGGUGAUUGCUGGAAUUGGAGUAAUCCCAAAUACAAGCUUCUUAGCUGGAACUGAGAUUGCUGUGGACUCAAAGAAAGCUGUGAUCGUUGAUAAGUUCAUGAGGACCAACACAGCAGACAUUUUUGGUGCUGGUGAUGUUACCUCCUUCCCUCUCACCCUUCGUGGUGGUGAGCAGGUCAACAUUGGUCACUGGCAAAUGUCCCAAGCUCAUGGAAAAGUAGCAGGUCUGAACAUGAUGAAGAAGCCAACUCCGAUUGAGUCCGUUCCCUUCUUCUGGACCUCAUUUCUCGGAAAGAGCCUCAGAUACACGGGCUAUGGAGAAGGAUAUACAGAAAUCAUAUUCAAAGGCAAAGUAGAAGACAGGAAAUUUCUGGCCUUCUACAUAAAGAAUGAUGUGGUGGUGGCUGCGUCGAGCUUCAUGUUUGACCCUGCAGUCGCUCAAGUUGCAGAGCUGAUGUCAAAGGGGAGCGUGAUCACAAAGGCUCAAGCUCAAGCUGACGACCUGAGCUGGCUGCAGAUGUAGGAGGAGUAGGACGCCUCGAGAAACGGAGGACGCGGCUUUCAUGUUCACUACUAUCCAAUUAUAACAAGCCAGAUUGCUGCUCUUGAUGCCUCGGGCUUCCAGAAAAACCAACCAGACCUCUUGUCUGCUAUGUCGUUAGAGAUGUGUUUUAUUGAAAUGCUCUCUGUGCACUCUGAAAUAAUCGGAUUUACUGGGAAAGAGUGGAGUGUUCUUGUUGUUUGUGUUUAUUUCACGUUUGACUGUCACUGAAUCACAUAAAAGCCUGAGUGAACUUGUUAGUAUCCAAGAUCUUUGUAAGUACUUACAUUUAAUGAUAUUUGUAAUACAUGGGUUUAAGAGAUUAUUAUGUUCUAAUUGUAGUUUUUACACACUUAAUGAGUUUCUUUGCACUUUUGGCUUUAAGUUGUUUAAAAUCAAAACCGCUUGAUUUUUAUUUUGUCUGUUUCAUGUAACGUCUGCUAAAAAAAUACCUAAUAUAUGUCAGAUUAUACAAAGACUAAUAAAAUAUAAAUGGUAUGGGGAUUUGGGUGGUGGGAUUAACAAUAGUAGUUACUCGUAAAGUGAACACUGGGUGACAGUUCACUGAAAAAUGGACCAUAACAGUUGACCUUUUACGUAGGAAAAGUAUAAAAAAUCAUGAUUAUUGUGUGUUUGUUAGGUUUAGGUAUUAGACUCUCUACAGUUUUAGUUUGGUGCAUUCAGGUACGAAUAAAAAAUCGGUCUGUGGGGGAGUCUACCAAGUGGACUCACAAAUAUGAGGUUAACUGUACUCCAUACAAAUACAGAAUAAAACAACUUUUGUUUGAUAGUUGCUCACCAAAGUGUCUUAACUACCAACAAAAUAUUGCAUUUUAUUGUUGUUUUUUUAUUGUAGAACUAAGGCUUGAAUAUGUACUGGUUGCUUUAAAGGCUUGAAUUUCAAUAAACAUGAAAAGGCAAAACUUUUUAAAGUUGAAA